GCUGCGCCUGCCCCGCCCCGCCAGGCGCUUCCGCUUCCCCGUGGCCGGAAGCGGAUGUGAUGCAGGAUGCGGAAGUGCCGCGCCGGGGCCGGGCAGGUGCCACCAUGGCAGCUGCGGGAGGGGGCGGCGGCGGCGGCGGCCGAGCGGGGCCGGUGACAGCUCUGCCCACGCCCUCGCGCCGCCUCAAGUACGCCAGCCUGGGGGUGCUGGUGCUGCAGAACGCGUCCCUGGUGCUCAGCAUCCGCUACGUCCGCACCCUGCCCGGGGAGCGCUUCCUGCCCACCACGGCCGUGGUGCUGGCCGAGGCCAUGAAGGGCUGUGCCUGCCUGCUGCUGCUGCUGCUGCAGCACCGCGGCAGCGUGAGGCAGACGGCGCAGACGCUGCAGGAGGCUGUGGUGGGGCAGUUUGGGGACACUCUGCGCCUGGCUGUGCCCUCCCUCAUCUACACCCUGCAGAACAACCUCCAGUACGUCGCCAUCUCCAAUCUGCCGGCCGCCACCUUCCAGGUCACCUACCAGCUGAAGAUCCUGACCACAGCGCUGUUCUCGGUGCUGCUGCUGGGCACUUCCCUCUCCCGCCUGCAGUGGCUGUCCCUGGCCCUGCUCUUCGCGGGGGUCGCCCUGGUGCAGGCCGAGCAGGCUCGGGCCGCGCCCCCCGGCCCCCCUUUGCCCCUCUCCAGCCCCGGCUCCCCGCUGCUGGCCGCCUCCUCCCCGCCGGCGGUGCCGCAGGAGCCGCCGCAGAGCUACGCCGUGGGGCUGGCGGCCGUGGCCGCCUCCUGCCUCUCCUCCGGCUUCGCGGGGGUCUACUUCGAGCGGCUGCUCAAGACCUCGGGGGGCUCCAUCUGGCUGCGCAACGUCCAGCUGGGGGCGGUGGGCACGGCCGUGGGGCUGGCGGCGAUGGUGGCGGCCGAGGGCCCGGCGGUGGCCGCCCUGGGCUUCUUCUACGGCUACAGCCCCGCGGUCUGGGCCGUGGUGCUGAACCAGGCCGCCGGGGGGCUGCUGGUGGCGGUGGUCGUGCGCUACGCCGACAACAUCCUGAAGGGCUUCGCCACGGCGCUCUCCAUCCUGGCCUCCACCCUGGCCUCCGUGCACCUCUUCGGCUUCCGCCCGCGAGGGCCCUUCCUGGCGGGCACGGCGCUGGUGCUCGCCGCCGUCUGCCUCUACGGCCGCCCCCGCCGGGGGGGAGCCGGCCCCGGUCCCGCCGGCCCCGGCGCCAGGAGCGGGGCUGGGGGGGACCCCGGCAGCGGCGGCGCCAAGUCAGUGGAGGAGUCUGUCUCCAAGGACAAAGGAUCCUGAUGGGAACCCCCAGACCCCUGUAAGGGCCAUAUGGACCCCCCCAGACCCUUGUAGGGACCAUAUGGACUCCCCCAGAUGCCUACAGGGCCCAUAUG